AUGGGCCAACAAAAUGCCAGGGAUUCAAAGUUGUUGAGGCGCGAAGUCAGAGUUGACACCGCCCCUGUUGUUGGUGACGCGAAUCAUAGAAACACUUCCGGUGGUCAGAAAAUUGGAUCGCGUUAUGCGACCAUGCGAGAAAACAUCCUGCAGCAGCCAGCACAGUACCGCGAUCCCAUGACGGAGGUAACACUCACCUCAUCUGGUGGCACGACGAUGGGGCACGAUGGCACGCACGCUGUUGGUUCCACCGCUGCCGCUGCCGCUGCUGCUGCUGCUGCAGAGGCUCUUGCGAAGCAGAAAAAGUACCCCGUCGUACUGCGUUACGCCGACAAGGAUGCCAAGCAGCUGCUAACGAAGAAGCAGAAUGUUUACGUAACGGUAGAGACGUUGGGGUGGCGUCCAGUGCAGAUGGCGCCUAGCGAAGACUCCUUUUACGCCAUUCUUGAACUUACCCCGGGCAGUCACCGAUAUCGUUUCCUCGUUCAGGACAAGGAGGUUGUCGACAGCACACAAGCGAUUGCCGAACCUCCGAAAGAGGGGUCGAAUGAUCCUCCAGCGAAUAUUCUGCAGCUCAAUGAGGUGCUCUUGAUGACCAAGGAGGACGAGGAGAUUAUUGAUGACGGGGAGGGAUGGGGACAAAAUCACGAGAUGUUUGUGGAGACAAGAAAUUAUCCACCUAUCGCGCCAGUGCAUUUGCGUUACACACCACUCAACACACCGCCCACCGCUGUCCGUUGCACACGUGACGGCGUUAUUUCGUCAGCAGGUGAAAUCAUGUCGCCAGAAAAUCUUCCGCUACCGUUAAAUGUGACGAUUAAUCACGUCUACUUUCAGCGUCGCGAGGACCACUCCGUCAUGGGAUUAACGACGCGGUACUGCAAUAAAUACACCACCGUCGUGUAUUAUUCAAGAAUGGGAGCUCCGAACGGGUGA